UGAAAGUGUGCGCGCUGUAAACCUACUCGCACGUAGUUAAACCUUUUCAGAUACGCAGCGCAAGUGGAGACACCUAUAAACGUGUAAGGACAAUUUUGACUACUUUGAAGUUCAUGACAGGAAGAACCGGUUAAGAUUUUCAUGCCCUGGAUUGUGUGUCUUCAACUGAGGACAGGCAACCCAGCGAAGGUUCUGCGUGACAGGGCGGAUGUUUGGAGAUUCCUACUUUCCUAAAUUAUGAACCAAGACACGUGACUGAAAUUUGGCAAGCGCAUUCCAAGAAGAAAAUAGUUUUGUUUUAAAAAGUGAAACUCUCAAAAUUGCUUUUAGUUUUACAAUUACAUCACAGCGAAAAGGUUUUGCGAGAUCAAUUAUCGAUGGCCAAAGGCGUGCUAAACAUCUGCCUAAGUACUUGACUCCAGCUCUCUACACCAUUUCAAUGGGAAAUCCGGCCUCCUGAGAGCAUGCUACGCUGAACCCUUUUCUUUUGUUACUGCUGUGCAUGUGUUUACACAUAGAUCUGAUUAUUUGUAUGUCAUGUCUGGGUUAGAUUCUGCAGAGUUUCUCGCACGUAGUCCAGCGAACAGCAGCGGCACAGACCGGGCAUCUCAGGACUGUGGAAGCGAUAACAAGAAACUUCGAAGAAGGGAAAAAAACAGAAUUGCUGCGCAAAGAAGUCGGAAGAAACAGACCCUGAAGGCAGAUAAACUACACGAGGAAUAUGAAGGGCUGGAACAGGAAAACACUGCGCUAAAAAGGGAAAUAAGGAAACUUAGUGAAGAAGUGAAACAUUUAUCAGAUGCUUUGAAAGAUCAUGAACGAAUAUGUCCAAUCAUACACUGUACCAUGAACUUUGCCACAGCACCCAGACCUCACCCUAAUGUAAUCGCCAGUUGUUUAUCUCGUGAAGGCCAAAGUGGAGUCUCAUAGAUGGUUCAAGCAAUGAAAUUUUAAAUUUGAUAUUUUUCUUAAUGAAAAGUUAAAUAUAUAUUCAAAAUUUUAAAUGUGUUUUAUUCUUGUGUGCAACCUAAGGAGUCCCAGGUACAUUAUGCAUGGGCCAAAUUGUGACCUAUAUGAUGCUGCUGUGACCCUGUGCACUGUUUGGUCAAGACUAAGGAUACAGAUUUUGCAAAUUUAUUAUCCAUUGUGUACUUUCUGCUUAGCUUAAACUCUACCUAUUGAACAGGAAGAAAGUAUAUUGAAAAUGCACAGCUUUUUAUUUUGGACUCUUUAGGUGAUAAAUUCCUCACAAAUCAAAUGCAGUAUUUGCAAUUUUUUUCAGCAAUUAUGUAGCUGAAACAUGGUACAUUGAGACACUAGCCCUCAGAGAUUUUAUUUUUAAACCUGUAAUCAAAAGAAGACCAAGAAACAACAAUAAUUGGGUGUACCAUAUUAAUAAGAUUUUAUUGAUUACAAAGGCAGCUUUCUGAAGGAAAUCAUUCCAACAUUGUGUGCUUAAAUAGGAAUCAAGCUAAAAGUUUUUUCCAUUAUUAGCCAAAUGAUCAAUCUUGUAAUGUUGAAAUCAGCACUUAAAGUCGAAUAGCAGUGUUCAAUCUAGUAGAAAAUUGAUAACUGAACAGUUACAUUUUGUGACCGUGUGCUCUGGAACCCUACUGUAUGGGUGUUUCAGUUCCUCUAAAGCAUGAAGGAACCAAGCCAUCAGGAUCCUGCACUAAAUGAAGUAAUGACACAGAGCUGACUCUACAUAGACUAGAAUUGUUCAGCUUUUAUCUCUUUAUGGAUAUUAAUAAGGAAUACCAUUCAGUAACCCCUGAGAGUGAUGCUACCCUUGUGUGAAAUAAAUUGUCUCCUUAGAUUCUGAGUGGUUUACUUUCUGAUUUAAAUGGACUGUUUUCAUGUUGCUUUACAGCCAAAACCCAACAUUACUGGAAGCAUGUGGCCCUAGUUCGUUGCUGCGCUAUUAGCCUGUCACAGCUCUAUUGAACGACCUUACCCAAUGAUCUAUCAGGUUUCUAUUAAUUUGUUUCUGAUGCCUGUGUUCCGAUGUCCAGUGAUAAACUUUGUCACAACACCCAGACCACACCCUAAUGUAGUCAAUCCAUUAGUUAUUUAAAAUCUCGCUCCACUAUUUAACAUAAAUUGGUUAAUACUUCCACUUUCAAAGAAACAAGAGGAAAUUCAAAUGCAUUUAUGAAGUUUUCGUACAAUGGUAUUUUGAGCUUAAGUGAUUAGCAGAGCAAUACGACAUAAACUGUUACAUUUUGAUUAAUUGUUUAAUUUUUGAAAAUGUUUAAAAUGCAUGAAUCUUUAUGUGGCUUUUAUGAGAUUACCUUGUUUACUGUGGUUUUUUUAUGCUUCUCUUCUGCAUAAUGACCUCAUGUGACCUUGUUUAAAUUAAAAAACAGAUGAAGUAUUAGACAUGGCUCAGUGGUUUCCAAUCAUGAUGCUAGUGAGUGCUUAAAAUGAUGAGAAAUGCAUCUGAUUGCAGUGAACUGACAGUUGGAAUUCUUGCUCUCUCGCCGCCUCCCCAAGGAUCAAUCAGCCACUCAUAAUAUCAGAAAUCUUAGCAAAGUGCAGAGUGGAAACUUACUUCACCUAAUUAGAGAAUGGAAAACAAGGUUGAUUGGCAAAGUAGUUGGCUUCCUCGCAAAAAAAUCCUUUGUUCUGUGAGAUUUGUAGAAUAAUUAGAAAAUGUGAGAGAAGAAAUCAGCUCAUUCUGACUUUGGUUGUGAAUGCAUACACACACUAAAGUUUACUUCAAACAUUAUGAGUAAGCAUUUUUCAUAUCACUGCAUGCAAAUAAAACUCUC